AGAAACCUUUGAUUCCCUCGUCUCCACUUACCCUGAACCGUCCUCGCUAUGGGCUCUGCUAAGAUCUACUACGACUCGGACGCUGACCUCGCCGUGCUUGACGGCAAGACCAUCGUCUUCCUUGGCUUCGGCAACCAGGGGGCAGCUCAAGCCCAGAAUCUGAGAGAUACCGGCUUCCCGAAUGAAAGAAUCAUCAUUGCCAACCGGCCGGACUCAUAUGCAGAGGACGCCAAAUCCAAAGGUUUCAACGUCGAACACGAUUUCGCAAAGGCUGCUGAAGUCGCCGAUGUUGUCUUCCUCCUGAUCCCUGACCAGGUCCAGCCACGUGUCUUCAAUGAGACUUUCGCCCCGAGGUUGAAGGAUAACGCAGCUAUCUGCGUCGCAAGUGGUUAUAAUGUGUUCUUCAAGCUUUUAAAAUUUAAGCCCAGCCAAGAUGUCGUUAUGGUCGCGCCCCGGAUGAUUGGGUCAUCCGUUCGCUCUCUGUAUCAGAAGGGCAAGGGCUUCCCUUGCUUUGUUUCCGCUGAACAAGACGGCACCGGAAACGCCCUGAAGGUUGCUCUGGCUCUUUCUCGCGGCAUUGGCGCUACGAAAUUGGGAGCCAUCGCCUCUUCGGUAUACGAAGAGACCGCCAUGGAUCUCAUGGCCGAGCAGGCGCUCUGGCCAAAUAUCAUCAUGCUUUUCCGCGAAGCCUUCAGUGUACUGAAGGAGGCCGGUUGCUCGGACGAAGCGCUUUGCUAUGAAAUGUGGAUGUCCAAAGAGCCCGCGGAGAUCUUCGAGGCAGCAGCCGACGAAGGUUUCGUUACGCAGUUGAAGCACCAUUCCACCGUAUCGCAAUACGGUCAGCUCAGCGGAGCAUUGAAGCUCGAUGGCACUGCUGCUCGCGAACACUUCAAGAACAUCCUGUACAACCAGAUUCUCAACGGGAAGUUCACCAAGGAGUUCUCUCAGAUCGAGAACGAUUUGGAGAAGGAGGGCUUGGACAACCCGCUGAACCAGUUGUACCAGAAAGCUGAGGAAAUGGAGCUCGCGCAAGCUGAGAAGCGCGUCAGGAGUAGAUUGGCCGACUUGCUCAAGCAGUAGAGGGAUUGCAUCGAUUAUUUAGAACAAUGUAUCACUGGAUCACUGUAUUUUAUUGACUCGACAUCGGAUUUGAAGGAGGUUCGACGAGACACAGCUCGGCGAAUGCCGGUGAUUCAGAC